UCUCUCUCUCUCUCUCUCUUCCAUUUUGAUGAUAAGACAUCUAAAACCUAACAUGGAGUCUAGCCCCCAUCGCUCUCAUCAUUGUUUCGACAUCCUUGAAGGAAUGCCACCACAGAACGAUAAUUUCAACUCGACAUUUCUACAAAACCCUAACUUCCAUGUCCAUUUACAGUCCAUAUCACCAGACUUGUCGACCCGCAGCAACAACAACCGCUCUGAUCACUUAGACCCAAAUGGAGAACCCUUUUGCCACAGAGAGGGUCUUGAUCCAGACGAAAGAAGGGCAAGAAGAGUGGUCUCUAACCGAGAAUCUGCAAGAAGGUCUCGUAUGCGGAAGAAGAAGCAGAUAGAAGAGCUGCAGCAACAAGUGGAGCAGCUCAUGGUUUUGAAUCAUAACUUGUCUGAGAAAGUCAUUAAUUUGUUGGAAAGUAACCACCAGAUCAUACAAGAGAACUCACACCUGAAGGAGAAAGUCAGUUCCUUUCACUUGCUCAUGGCAGAAAUGCUAAUACCUAUGAGAAAUGUAGACGGCAGCAUCAAUGAGCGCGACGUGAAUCAUCUCAGAGGAGAAACUUCGAACCGGACCAACACUUUCUUUGGCAGGUAAAGAAAAAAGUAUCAUGCUCCCAUCUUCUAGUUCUUAAUGUGCUAUAUUAUAUAUACAUGUAAUGUUACUACACUAGCAAUUACGUAUAUAAAAGAUACAAA